AUGUCUUUUGAAGCUGCUAUGAAGGCGAUUGACGCGGGUCACUGUCUUGAUCCAACGCUGGUGCAUGGCCGCCCGUAUGAAUUGGUGUAUGCUGAAAAGUGCACGAGCUGGCUAGAGAAGCGAUGUCCUGAGGCAGGUGAGUUGCUGAAGCUUGCUGUUCGAUCGCAGCAUUUCCGGCGGUUUGAAGUACCGCGUUCGAGUUAUCCCAAGACGAAGGCUGGGUACUUGGCUUGGCGGACGUUUCUGAAGAAGCGGCAGGGCGAUAUGGCUGCUGCUAUAUGUGUUGAGGCUGGGUACAGUGAGGAGGAGGGUGCGCGGGUUGGGAGUAUGAUACGGAAGGACAACUACAAGACAGAUGGGGAGACGCAGGUGCUGGAGGAUGUUGCGUGCCUUGUGUUUCUGGAGAGUGAGUUUGGGGCCUUUAGUAGGGAGCACGAGGAGUCGAAGGUUGUGCGGAUUGUGCAGAAGACGUGGGGGAAGAUGAGCCGGGAGGGACAUGCACUGGCGCUGGGUAUGGAGAUGGAUGACGCGUGUGCUGCGGUGGUCAAUUCUGCGUUGUCUUCUCCUUAG